UUUUUAUAGAAUGAUAUGGGCAUCGGAGCUUCAAAAGAACGAACUUUUGGCUUAAGCAAUGAGAACCAUCUACUGUACUCUCCAAAACUACUGGAUCUGGAGCAUGGUACGAUCAGACACAGAGAUAAGGAGCUAGUGGAGGAGAACAAGGAGGAGGAGGUCAGACAGGGAUACUUCUACCAUGCUCAACUUACUGACUGGGCAGAUGAGAACUGUAUAAAAGACUUUCAGAAGAAGAUCAUCGUAGAAAGUACGCAAACAGAUCAGAUGUUUUAUGUUUACGCUAAAGGACUUGAGAGUGAAACUACAGACCAUGGAAUAGUGAAAGUGAAACCGAAACCGAAAGGAUUGGGAUACAGAUGGAGGGGAGACAGCGAACAUCGCUACUUCCGACUUCGUCUUAGCAAGAUAAGAGAUAAUGAGGAAAGUGACAGUGAGUCAGAGGAACUCCAGGGAUACGACACUGUGUACAGGAUACACCCGAAAGAGGAUAUGUUCGCUGAAUCGCUCUCAUUUAUUUUGUCUCUAAAACUACUCAUUCCUGAAGACAGAAUCCAUAUAAUCUACAAGACUGGCAAGCUGGAGCCAAGCAAAAACUUGAAGGAACUGUCACCAAACUAUUUCAACUCAAAGCUGGAACUUAAAAUGUUAACUGAUGUUGAAAUAGUGAAGAAUAAUUAUGAUACCGACGAAAUCCCUCCUAAAUCACCAAUACCGGGACCUGCUUUUGAAACUAAUAGUAGUGAAAGCAAGACCAUCGUAGCUUCUCCAACCCGCGACAUCACAUCUCCAAACCGCGACAUCACCUCUCCAAACCGCGAUAUCACCUCUCCAACCCGCGACAUCACAUCUCCAACCCGCGACAUCACAUCUCCAACCCGCGACAUCACAUCUCCAACCCGCGACACCAUAUCUCCAACCCGUGAUGUCUCAUCUCCCGUCCGUGAUGUCUCAUCUCCAGUCCAUGAUGUCUCAUCUCCAGUUCGUGAUGUCUCAUCUCCAGUCCGUGAUGUCUCAUCUCCAGUCCGUUAUGUCACGUCUCCAGUCCGUGAUGUCUCAUCUCCAGUCCGUGAUGUAACGUCUCCAGUCCGUGAUGUAACAUCUUCAGUCCGUUAUGUAACAUCUCCAGUCCGUGAUGUCCCAUCUCCAGUCCGUGAUGUCUCAUCUCCAGUCCGUUAUGUAACAUCUCCAGUCCGUGAUGUCCCAUCUCCAGUCCGUGAUGUCUCAUCUCCAGUCCGUGAUGUCUCAUCUCCAGUCCGUGAUGUCUCAUCUCCAGUCCGUGAUGUCUCAUCUCCAGUCCGUGAUGUCUCAUCUCCAGUCCGUGAUGUAACGUCUCCAGUCCGUGAUGUCUCAUCUCCAGUCCGUGAUGUAACGUCUUCAGUCCGUGAUGUCUCAUCUCCAGUUCGUGAAGUCUCAUCUCCAGUCCGUGAUGUCUCAUCUCCAGUCCGUGAUGUAACGUCUCCAGUCCGCGAUGUCUCAUCUCCAGUCCGUGAUGUAACGUCUCCAGUCCGUGAUUUAAUGUCUCCAGUCCGUGAUGUCUCAUCUCCAGUUCGUGAUGUCUCAUCUCCAGUCCGUGAUGUCUCAUCUCCAGUCCGUGAUGUAACGUCUCCAGUCCGUGAUGUCUCAUCUCCAGUCCGUGAUGUAACAUCUCCAGUCCGUGAUGUCUCAUCUCCAGUCCGUGAUGUCUCAUCUCCAGUCCGUGAUGUCUCAUCUCUAGUCCGUGAUGUCUCAUCUCCAGUCCGUGAUGUCUCAUCUCCAGUCCGUGAUGUCUCAUCUCCAGUCCGUGAUGUCUCAUCUCCAGUCCGUUAUGUAACAUCUCCAGUCCGUGAUGUCCCAUCUCCAGUCCGUGAUGUCUCAUCUCCAGUCCGUGAUGUCCCAUCUCCAGUCCGUGAUGUCUCAUCUCCAGUCCGUGAUGUCUCAUCUCCAGUCCGUGAUGUCUCAUCUCCAGUCCGUGAUGUCUCAUCUCCAGUCCGUGAUGUCUCAUCUCCAGUCCGUGAUGUCUCAUCUCCAGUCCGUGAUGUCUCAUCUCCAGUCCGUGAUGUCCCAUCUCCAGUCCGUGAUGUCUCAUCUCUAGUCCGUGAUGUCUCAUCUCCAGUCCGUGAUGUCUCAUCUCCAGUCCGUGAUGUCUCAUCUCCAGUCCGUGAUGUCUCAUCUCCAGUCCGUGAUGUCUCAUCUCCAGUCCGUGAUGUCUCAUCUCCAGUCCGUAAUGUCACGGCGAGUGCCAACAGUUUUGGUGAACUCCCCGGUGCCAUCGAAGAUUAUAAAUAGAUAACACAAGAGAAUACAUGAUUGCACUAGAAAAUACAUGAUUGCUAGAAUUCCAUUUUAUCAAUUGCGGAAUUUGUACACAAUUACAUUUACAAUAUUAUGUACAUGGUACAGUAUGAGUAUAUAAUCUUUGUAAAAUCCGGAUUGGAGUAUUGUUUAUGAGUCGCAUGGUUGUAAUGUAUUCUGUGUAAAAUUAUAAUUAUCCCGGUUACUGCGACAAAUAAAAAUUUAACGGGUGAUAC